UAUGCAGUUUUACCAAAAUAGUUAGGUUUUAUAUACUGCAUGGGUUUGGUGGUUUGUGGGGGCCGGAAAUAGGACUGGUCAGCAGGUCAACCGAAUGAACCGGCUGAUCAGGUCCGCUUUUCAGAACAUUGAUGUCAGUGUCUAUCAUAACUUCUCAAAGUGCUUCACAUCUAUCCCACUCACCAGCCACUGUCCACAAAGUCAUAUGUAUUUUUUCCAUAGAACAUAUAAAGCAACCUGGCAUGCCCAAUAGGCAUCCACUGCAGCUUGUUGUCAUGUUUGCCAUUAGUUCGAAAUUUGGAAUCCACACUUAAAUGCUGGCACGACAGUAUGCAUGGCUUGCAUUUGAUAUGGUAAUAAAUACACGUCUUGCCUCUCCCUCUGUCGCGAAAUACCAUUCCUUUCAUUCAUUGUUGGAAUAGAAUUUACUUGCACCAAUGGGAUUCUGUGCAGAGUUUGUUUUUGAUAAUUUGCAAUCUUAUAUAACGUUUGAUGGCUUGAAGAUUUAAUUUUUAAAAUUGUACUUGUUGAUGCACUUAUUGGUUGUGUACCUUAGGCAUACUGCAUCCCAAGAUGUACGAGCACAGCUUUCUGUUAGCCAGGGUGAUUCACAUCCUACACGUUAUGGUGAAGAAACCGCCACUAAACAGGUGACAUUUAGUGACACUAUUAGCAGCACUGAAAUGGAUGAGCUUGAUGCUGAGGGACAACAAAAUGAGAGAGACCCUUCUAACUGGGGUUCCAAAAACUCUCCUUUUUCAACCUCGCUUGAUGAUCCCACCUCCUCAUAUUCUCCUUAUUUAGCACCAGUUCUUGAAGGACCUUCUUCAUCUUUCUCUGAAGCUGGAGAUGACGAUCCACUACCUGCUAUAGAGGGCCUUCAAAUUUCAGGUGAUGCUUGUCCUGGACAUGAUCUCCAAGCAAGUGGAUUCUCUAUUAACGGAACAACCAGUUGUAAUUUUGAGUGGGUUCGCCAUCUGGAAGAUGGAUCUUUUAACUAUAUAGAGGGGGCAAAGCAACCUAACUACCUUGUUACUGCUGAUGAUGUUGAUACAUAUCUUGCUAUUGAAGUCCAGCCUCUGGAUGACAGGAAACGCAAGUCUUUGGCUUGGAGUGGGUGCAACCUAGGGACGUUGUGGGUGUCCUUUGGAGUUGGAGGGGGGCUAGGGUGGGGAAGCAUCAUUGGAAGGCCUGGGACCUUGCGCCCUUGUGUUUGAUGUGGCCUAUUUGGUUGGAACGCAAUAGGCAGAUUUUUCAGGGUUGGAUGAGCCGGUGUCUUGUUCGAAACAAAGCUUGCUGGGCGUUUUGUAUAGUAUAGUGUCGGGGCAAGUGGAGUUGCAUUUAUGCUCUUUUUUUGGAUUUUUUGGAUUCUCUUCAUGGUGGUGCUUGGCUGUUUAUAGCUUUUAUUUGUAUUUGUUUUGCAUCGGCUUGAUGCUCUUUUAAAUAAUAUUGCUUUAUAAAUUAAAACAAAUAAAAUAAGGAAGCCGUUCUUGUUCA